AAGAGAAAUGUGUCAUCUUCCCAGAUCUGCCGUCAUUUGGGCGUGUCAGAGAAUCGCUGCCUGUCAAGUACCACCUGCACAAUAAGACUGACUUAGUGCAGGACGUGGAGAUUUCUGUGGAUCCUAGUGACGCCUUCAUGUUCUCAGGUCUCAAACAGAUUCGAUUACGCAUCUUACCUGGCACUGAACAGGAAAUGUUAUAUAAUUUUUAUCCUCUAAUGGCCGGAUACCAGCAGCUGCCAUCUCUCAACAUCAACUUACUUAGAUUUCCCAACUUCACAAAUCAACUGCUCAGGCGUUUUAUACCUACCUGUAUUUUUGUAAAGCCACAGGGUCGACUCACGGAUGAUGCCUCGAUCGCCGCCGCGUGAUGUUCAAGACCGACUGGCUCUUGGCUAUGCGUAGGGAGAAGUUGGACAGAGCUGUAUAAGUUUUUCAUUGUGAACUGUACUUUUGAUCAUGGUAAAAGUUAAUCUUUUCUAUUUUUUAAUGGAUGUUAUACCAUCUCUUCAGAGGAAUUCAUGCUUAAAGUAUUAGGAAAAUCUAUCCUCUCUUAUAGUUUCACUAAUAAAAUUUAAAAUCAGUGUGACAUGAAAGGAUGUCAGACCAUUGUUACUGUUGAAAGUCAUUUUAUGAAUAGUGAAUUCUUUUAAAAAUAAGUGAUUUGCAUGUGCAAUAUCAGAGGAAAAUUAGGCAUCCCAAAUAUGACUGGACAGGGAGGGGAAAAUGCACCAAUAUCUUCCCCGGGAAGGUUCUGGAUCCCUGUGAGUCUCUUUCAGAGUUCACUGAGCUGAAGAUAAAUCGUCCUCAUAAAUUCAGCAUGUGCUCAGAAUACAUCACAAGUUAUACAGAAAAGUUCCAGAAAGGUUUGUAAGUUACCUAAAAAAUCUUUCUUUACCAUCAAAACAUCAGAUGGACUGAACUCACAGCCAAGAGGAGGAUCAUUUCUGAAGCACGUUUGUAUUUGUAAGUGUGUGUUAGCAAGAUCUUCAUCUGUAAGGAUCUGAACUGCAAGAAUCCGAGUAUCAGCAUAAUUUCCUAACUAAAAGUUUUUGAAGAAGAAACAAGUCUAAAUAAGUGCUUUUGGUUAUGUUGCACAGUUUCAAAAGAACUAUUUAAAACUCCUGAAAAUUCAUGUAAAUAAAAAUCACAUUGUUAAAAAGUGGGUUUUUUUGUUAACAUAUCUUAAUUUAAAGAUACCUGAUUUCCUGGAAAAUUUUAUUAUUUAAAAGUACAGGAGUUGUAAAAAGGAAAUAGUGAUGUAAAUAAAUAUGUUCUCUUUCAAAUAUG